ACAUCUAUAGUCACACAGACCCGACGAUUCCAAGCAUGUAGAGUCCGCCCGAUGCCCAGACAUUUUAGCUGGUCUCGCGAGUCGAGCUGUUCAGGCAACGAUGGUUCUUCGCGCAGACCUCAUCCGGGGUUCGUCCGCAGCACGUCGUCUGAAGGUCAAGCGCGUAUACCCUCAACGGAAGCUGCAUCUUCCGCCAUAUCACUCAGCUGCUGACGCAUGAAUGCCAUUGAUAACCGUUCGAAUGUUUGUAUGCUGCUCUUUUUUAAGCCACGAAGCAGGAUGCAAUGCUCAUCGCAGUCAAACGUAUAAGAGUCAUGCAGGUACGCACUAUUGCUAUCCAUUCGAUUCACCUUUAUCCGUCGAGAAACCACCACCAUGAGCAUCAAAGUCUUCGCCACAGGCGUCACCGGUUAUGUGGGCGGUGACGCACUUCACACCAUUCUUCAAGCCCACCCCGACUGGCAAUACUCAUUCCUUGUGCGGGACCGCACCCGCCUCGGCUCAAUCGCCAACGAAUACCCCUCAAUCCGUGUAGUCGUAGGCGAUCUCAGCAAAAUUGAGCUUCUCAAGAGCGAAGCUGCUGCCGCCGACAUCGUCCUGCACUUCGCCAGUUCCGACGAUGCACCCGCUAUGCGUGCUAUUCUCGAGGGCCUUGGUUCCGACUCGAAGACACGAUUCCUCAUCCACACCAGCGGUACCGCCAACCUCCUCUACGACGACUUUGUAAAUGGUAGCGUCGGCAACAAAAGUAACAAGGUCUACGACGACCUGGGGGACAUCACGACCAUUACUUCCUUCCCAGACGCCGUCUUCCACCGACCCGUCGACAAAGCCGUCCUCGAGGCCAGCAUCAAGUACCCGAACAUCAAAACUGCCGUCGUUUGUCCACCAGCCAUCAUUGGCAUAGGCCGCGGCCCAGGAAACACGCGCACGAUUCAGGUCCCCAUGUUGGUCGAGCUGAGCAGGAAGCGCGGGAAGGCGUUCCAGCUCGGUAAGGGGGAGGCGACGUGGAACUUCGUGCACAUCCACGACUUGUCAGAUGUUUACUUCCGCCUGACCGAAGCUGCGGCCGCUGGCGGCGGGAAUGCUGACUGGGGACUGGAGGCGUAUUACUUCGCCGAGGCUGGUGAGCUGGAGUGGGGUGCGUUGACCAAGACGGUUGCAGCGUUGCUGCACGAGGCUGGGGCUUUAGGUUCGGCUGAGGUGGACGCGCUGAGCGCGGAGGAGGCAGGAAAGAUCGAUCCGUUCUUUGGGAUGGCUGCGGGGAUGAAUUCGAGGUGUCGGGCAAGCAGGGCCAGGAAAGUACUUGGGUGGAUCCCGAAGGUAGAGGAUUUCGAAGAGAGCUUAAGGGAGGCGGUGGAGGUAGAGUUGAAGACGAAGGUUGGGAGGAUUGAAGAGAUGGCGCAGGGACACUCUCCGGCGAUGGCGAUGGAGUAGGUGGCAGUAGGGGGUAUUGGGCGUGGGUACCGAGAUUCGGGUCGACGUCCGAACGUGAGUUGU